AUGGCUUCCGACGACCGCAAAGGAGUGAUCGUAAACGCCGAACCAGUAAACGAUGAUUCCAAGCAAGUGUCAGCCGGGUCAUCCUCUGAAACGCUUCCUGCUCCUGCGCCCAAACGAGUCAAGGAUAUUAGCGAAGGCGCUUUUGAUACUACUGAAGACCCGAGAUAUUACAAGCCAAUCGACGACUAUGAAGGCAUUCAUCGUUGGGACCCGGACUUUGAAUGGGAGGAGCAGGAAGAGAAGAAGCUCAUAAGAAAGAUUGAUUUACGGGUCUGUACGUUCGCUUGUGUCACCUUUUUUGCGCUGCAGCUCGAUCGAGGCAAUAUCGUUCAGGCGAUGUCCGAUAAUAUGUUGGAUGACCUGGGCAUGAACACAAACGACUACAACACUGGCCAAACAAUCUUCUAUCUCGUUUUCCUGUUUGCGGAGCUCCCAUCUCAGUUGAUAUCAAAGAAAAUAGGGCCAGAUCGGUGGAUUCCUAUCCAGAUGUUCUGCUGGAGUUUAAUUGCUGCCUUUCAGGCAUUCCUCUCGGGUAAAACAUCAUACUUCGUCUGCAGGGCCUUGCUGGGUCUUUUUGAGGGUGGUUUUAUCCCGGACACCAUUCUUUUCCUCUCCUUUUGGUACAAGUCUAAGGAGUUGCCUAUCCGGUUGAGCUAUUUCUGGGUUUCCUACGAGGGAACCUCUAUUAUCAGUGCCUUCCUGGCAUAUGGCUUCUUGCACGUGCGAAGGCCUGAUGGAACCGGUGGUUGGCGGUACUUAUUUGCCUUUGAAGGCCUGAUCACGGGUAUUAUUGCGAUUAUUGCCGUGUUCUGGAUGCCAGCAUCCCCGACCCAGACGAAAGGCGGGUUCCGUGGCAAGGAUGGCUGGUUCAACGAACGCGAAGAGAAAAUCAUGGUCAACCGAGUAAUCCGCGAUGAUCCAAGUAAGGGAGGCAUGCACAAUCGACAGGCUGUGACGCCGAAGAUGCUUUGGGAGGCGCUUUGCGACUAUGACAUGUGGCCCAUCUAUCUGUUAGGGUUAACCUGGAUGAUCCCCAAUACUCCCGCAACAAGCUACAUCACGCUACAGCUGAAAUCGCUGGGAUUCGGUACAUUCGAAACGAACCUUCUGACAAUUCCGGCUUAUGUGAUUUUCAUUAUCAACCUGCUUGUAUGGACCUGGAUCUCCGAACGGUUUUACCAGCGUUUGAUUCUUGGCGUCGGGUCUAUGAUUUGGUGUCUAGUCCUCUUGAUUGCGCUUGAGACCCUGCCAGAUAAUGCCAGUCCUUGGGCUCGAUGGAUUAUUAACGUCUUACUGAUUGGAGCACCAUAUGUGCAUGCAAUCAUUGUUGCUAUGACCUCCCGAAAUGCAGGCACGGUUCGAACAAGGACUGUUGCUAGUGCGGUUUACAACAUGAUGGUUCAGACGUCAAGCAUCAUUGCCAACAAUAUCUAUCGUGAAAACGAUAAACCGUACUAUCGUACCGGAAAUAAAGUCCUCAUUGCGUUAACAGUAUGGAGCAUGGCUGUAUUCAUUGGAGCCAAGUACUAUUACAUGUGGCGCAACAAGAAGAAUGCCGAAAAAUGGGAUGUCAUGUCCAGCGCCGAGAGGGAGGAAUAUCUGGGCGCUAACAAGCACUUGGGCAAUAAACGGCUGGAUUUUAGAUUCAUCCAUUAA